UCCCGCGAUUUUCAGACUUCUCAGAGCUCUCUCUCCAAACAACCAAAACCCUAACCCUAGUUUCCGAUCCCUCGACGGGAGAGCAUCACUAGCAGGAGGAGGAGUUUGGAUUUUGGUUCCGCCCUUUGGUCCUCUGUUAAUCUUAGGACGGAUAUAUAUCCUUGUUUCCUCGAGUCUUUUCUUUAUUUCGUUUCUUGAGGGUUUGGAGAGAAAUGGAUUGGAUGACUGAUAGUGAAGAAGAUGAGCGUUUUGAAUGGGAUACCUCCGAUGAGGAAGAGGAGAUGAGCAAAGGUAAUAACCAGGAAGGCUCUUCUGCACCGCCGAUUUCAGUCUCAGUCCCUUCACAGGAGUUUGUUGAGGCUGGUUCUUCUCGGAGUAGUUUGUUAUUGCAUUUUGUGGGAAUGGGGUUCUCAGAAGACACGGUGGCCAAGGCAAUAAAAGACAAUGGAGAAGGACAACCGGAAGUUAUAUUGGAAACUCUGCUUACAUAUGCGGCAAUUGAAAAAUCUUCUUUGAACAGUGAACAAUCACCCUUAGAUUGUUCCCUAGAAGGUGAAGAGGACGUUUUGGAGGAUGAUGACUCAGAUAUGAGCAACUUUGAAGAUGAGGGAUGCACCGAAAAGUCCUCUGAUAAGGACAUGAAAUUGUCAAUGCUAGUGGAGAUGGGUUUUCCGCUGGAUGAGGCGUCAUCCGCAAUUGAUCGUUGUGGCUCAACUGCCUCUGUUUUGGAAUUAGCUGAUUCCAUCCAUGCUGCGCAACUGGCAGCAGAGAGUGUGGACAUAGAGGGACGGAAUACCUCAGCUCCGGUUGUGCCAAGGUCUAGUUUCAUUAACGGGUCCUCGAUCAAAAAGAAAAGAAAUUUGUUAGAAAACCAGCGGCUGAAUAGACCGGUCCAUGGCCACAAAAUCAAAAAGUUAUGUUCUCGACAGUCCGAAGUGAACGAUGAAGGAUUUUCCUCAUUGCUGAAAAUUCCAAUGCCUAUGAUUGGUUUUAGUGUUCCAAAUCAAAAGACUCAGCUAGCGCACCGUAAGCUUCCAGAAGCGGCCAUUGGCCCACCAUACUUCUACUAUGAAAAUGUGGCCUUGACUCCCAAGGGAGUCUGGGAUACAAUGUCUCGCUUCCUUUAUGACAUAGAACCGGAGUUCGUUGAUUCCAAGUAUUUUUGCGCUGCUAACAGAAAAAGAGGCUACAUUCACAACCUCCCCAUUCAGAACAGAUUCCCUCUUCUUCCACUCCAGCCUCGAACCAUCAAGGAAGCGUUGCCAAUGACUGAAAAAUGGUGGCCUGCUUGGGAUCCUAGGACUCAACUGAAUUGUCUACAGACUAGUAUCUCAAGUGCUAAAAACACAGAGAGGAUUAGAAGCACACUUGUUAAAUCAGGUGAUCCACCUCCUGAGAGAGUCCGGCAGUAUGUGAUCAAUGAAUGCAAGAAGUGGAACUUGGUCUGGGUAGGAUUGCACAAGGUUGCUCCAUUGGAGCCAGAUGAAAUAGAAAUGUUGUUGGGUUUCCCUAAGAAUCACACUAGAGGUGGUGGCAUUAGCAGGACAGACAGAUACAAGUCCUUGGGGAAUUCAUUUCAGGUGGACACAGUCGCCUACCAUCUCUCUGUCCUCAAAAACAUGUUUCCAAAUGGGAUUAACGUGCUCUCCUUAUUCUCUGGUAUCGGUGGAGCUGAAGUUGCUCUUCAUAGGCUCGGAAUUCAUUUGAAGAAUGUCGUUUCUGUUGAAUUAUCAGAAAUUAAUAGAAACAUAAUUCGUGCCUGGUGGGAGCAGACUGAUCAAACAGGGAACUUGAUUGAACUGCCAGAUGUGCAACAGCUUAAUGGUGAUAAACUUGCGCAGAUGAUUAACUCAUUUGGCGGUUUUGAUCUUGUAAUUGGUGGGAGCCCAUGCAACAAUCUAGCAGGCAGCAACCGUCUCUCCCGAAUUGGACUUGAGGGUAAACAAUCUUCUCUCUUUUAUGAUUACUUCCGCAUCUUGGAUCUAGUAAAGAAUAUUAUGGGGAAGAACAUAUGAUGGCCAGUGAUCAGAUUUGCUGCCAAGGAUGUAAUGCAUGCAUCAUAAUUUGAGGCAUAACAUUGGAUCCUAUUGAUAUCACAACGCACUUCAGGCUUUAUCUAAAUGCUAGGAAUCUUCAGAGUUACUAGGCUGGGCCUGUAUAACUUUGAGGUUUGUUUCUUUAUACUCGGUUUUACUCCUUACAAACUCAAAGCAGUUUUGUUACCAGUUCAGCGGUGAAGUGCUCCUUGUGCAAAAAUAAUUAGCGCCCUAUUUGUUAAAACUUGGAGGUUUCUCAGGAGGUAGUACUUCAUUGACAAAGAUUUUUUUUUUUUUCCUGGCGAAAUCAGAUAAAUUUACGUCCUUAUAUAACUUGUAAGCAGGUGUUAUUUUUUAGAUUUUUUUUUUUUAAAUCAAAUUAGUAUACUGCUGGAGAGCAGGACCUGAUUCUUCUCUUUAAAAUUUUCAUCAACUUAGUAGUGACGACUUUUA